AUGUCAACUACAGGCCCUGUGAAUCUUCCAUUUGGGGCGCUGCAGGGCUACGCCCCUGGCGGUAUUCCUGCUUACAGUAACAAGCAUGACGGUUACUUCUCCGGGGAACGCAGCAUUGAUGGAAAACUUUUCUGUGGUUUUAAGUAUCAGUGUGUGGAGUUUGCACGUCGUUGGCUGUUCGAACGCAAGUCUCUUGUGCUUCCUGACGUCAGAUGGGCAGUGCACAUUUUUGAUCUGAAGGAGGUUCCCGACGCCCGCACGGCACGUCCUGUGCGUUGCGUGGCAGUGCACAACAGCACCAAGACGAAGCCAGUGGCCGACGCCCUUCUUAUUUACCCUUCCGCAGACGGCAGCCCUGCGGGGCACGUGGCAGCGAUCACGGAGGUUGGGGACAACUGGGUACGCAUUGCAGACCAAAACCACAGGUUUUUCAAGUGGGAGGGUGAUUACGCGGCGCAACUGGCGUUGAACCACGAGAAUGGCGUCUGGACAAUUUUGGAUCACACUGAAGAUGGUGUGCUGAACCCGCUUGGAUGGGUGACGUUUCCUGACACGCCGGAUCGUGACCCAAGCGUGCCGUUGGUCUUGCAUGAGUCGCUGUACUUCAAACCGCCAGAGAAGCUCUCGCUGCGCCGUGUGACAUUUACGCCAAAGCCCCACGAAGAUAUUUGGCUGGAUCUCACAAAUGAGGCGGAAGCGUGCUUUGUCAAAACCUACGGUAUGUGCGUUAGCCGACGCGGGGAGUCUACGGCAAGUUAUUAUGAAAUGAACACCGAACUUUACUUGACUUGCACACGAUACGGCAAUCAACUCCAUGAAUUUUUUUUGGAGGCCACUGAAUUUGUUCUUGCAAAUGACGAACAACUCAAACUGUUUGGGAUUCCAGAGGAGUAUUGGCCGCGUAUUCGACAUUCAUGGAAGACACAGCCACACGCCAUCACGGGGCGUUUUGACUUUGCGUUUGAUGAAGAUACACAACAAUUUAAGUGCUUUGAGUACAACGCCGACAGUGCAUCGACGCUGCUGGAAUGUGGUACCAUUCAGGAGAAGUGGGCGAAAUUGGUUGGUAUCGAUGAUGACACCACGUACAGCUCCGGGAGUUACAUUUCCUCACGAUUGCACAUGGCGUGGGAGAUGGCAGAAGUGAAAGGACGUGUUCACUUCCUUGUUGACGACGAUGGGGAGGAACAGUACACUGCCUUGUACGUCUUGCAGCAUGCCCGCGCGGCAGGCUUAGACGCAAAACUAUGUGUCCUUUUUGAUGAAUUCCGUUUUGAUGAGAAUGGCAUUGUUGUGGAUGCCGAUGGUGUAGCCGUCACAACUGUGUGGAAGACGUGGAUGUGGGAGACCGCCAUUGCGGAUCAGCGCGAGGCACGGAUGCAGCGUGGAAAGGAUUGGCGGCCGACCCCACAGGACAAGGUUCGCCUCUCUGACAUCAUCCUAGGACCAAACUGGGAUGUGCGUGUGUUUGAGCCCAUGUGGAAACUCAUCCCUAGCAACAAGGCCAUUUUGCCCAUUAUCUACAACAAACACCCCGACCAUCCCGCCAUGCUGCGGGCCAGCUAUGAGCUCACAGAUGAGCUGCGGCGUACCGGAUACGCGAAGAAGCCCAUAGUUGGUCGUGUUGGUCGCAACGUGAGCAUUGUGGAGCCAUCUGGCGAGGUUACCGCGGAAUCGGAUGGAAACUUUGCAGACCGCGGGGUGGUCUACCAGGAGCUUUUCCGUCUGCCGAAGAGGGAUGACUACUAUGCCAUUCUUGGCGGCUGGAUUAUUGGCGACGUCUACUGCGGCACGAACGUUCGCGAAGAUAAGACGAUUAUCACUGGCCUCUUAUCACCGGUAAGCGCCUUACGUGUGUUGUCUAACCCUCCGCGAUGCCCGCUGACACACGAGGAUCUUGAUGAUGCGGAAAAGGCGGCCUCCGCCUCCGCUUGA